UUAUGGUUUUCUUUUGGGACUGCUCAAAACUAACCCCCUGGAUUGCAAAAUGGAAGAUAAUGCCCACAACUGCCUUGCACAAAAAGCGUGCGUAAAUUCAAUUAAACUGGAAGACGUGUUUAGCAUCUCACAGGAAGAGUACAAUUUAUUUGCAGGACAACAUUUAACAGAUACUGUUUUAAAUAAUUUGCAUAAAAAUAAAGAAUUACAAAACAAUGACAGCCAACGGCACAAAAGUGGUACAAAUGAGUCGAGUGAAUCUAGUGCUAACAUUCCUACACCCCAGAAGGGGCAGAAACAGUUUAUUUGUGCAGACUGUGGCAAAAGCUAUAAUUAUAGAUCAUAUCUCCUUAUACACCAGCGAACCCACACAGGUGAGAGGCCCUAUACAUGCCCAGAGUGUGGGAAGAGCUUCACUCGGAGCACCUAUCUUAUUAUACAUCAGAGAAACCAUAGAGGAGAGACCCCCUUUCCCUGCACCGAGUGUGGCAAAAGUUUUACUAGUAGUUUAGGUCUUGUUAAGCACUUGUCUAUUCACACAGGUGAUGGACUGUAUUCAUAUAGAUACACAUGCAAUGAAUGCGGCAAAAGCUUCUCCACUACAUCAAACCUUCUUAAACAUCAAAGGAACCACAAUGGCGAAAGGUCACAUUCGAAAAACCGCAACAGAGAAAAAACGCACAUGUGUAAUGAAUGUGGGAAAUAUUUUAUUAGCUUACAUUCUCUGUCAGUACAUAUGAGAAUCCAUACAGGAGAGAAUUUAUAUAGAUGCAAAGAUUGUGGAAAAGACUUCACCAGCAAAGCUUUUCUUGUGACGCAUGAGCGGACUCACACUGGCGAAAAGCCAUACGCUUGUAUGGAAUGUGAGAAGAGCUUUUCUACCAAAGCUUCUCUCACUAUACAUGUGAGAACCCACACAGGAGAAAAACCUUAUGAAUGCAUUCAGUGUGGGAAAAGCUUCACUAGUGGAUCAGCACUCGUAAUCCAUAGAAGAACUCACACAGGGGAGAAGCCGUACUCAUGUACAGAAUGUGGUAAAAGUUUUGUUGAUAGCUCAAGUCUUAUAAAACAUCAGGCUUCUCACACAGGAGAGAGACCUUAUCCAUGUACUGUGUGUGGCAAAAGAUUUAUCUGUAUGUCAAACCUCCGGGUGCACCAGAGAACACACACAGGGGAGAGACCAUAUACCUGCUUGGAAUGCGGCAAGACUUUUGGUCGCAAGGAACAUCUUGGUGUACACCAAAAAAUUCACAUAAGAGAGAGAACAAAUUUAUCUGCUUUAUAAAAAUGGAUCCACAAGUAAUUGAGGUUUUUUUUUUUGUCUAUAUGUGGUUUAAAGGGACAGUCAACACCAGAAUUUUUGUUGUUUAAAAAGAUAGAUAAUCCCUUUAUUAACCAUUCCCCAGUUUUGCAUAAACAACACAGUUAUAACAAUACACUUUUUACCUCUGUGAUUAUCUUGUAUCUAAGCCUCUGCAAACUGCCCCCUUAUUUCAGUUCUUUUGACAGACUUGCAUUUUAGCCAAUCAGUGCUUACUCCUAGGUAACUUCACGUGCAUGAGCUCAAUGUUAUCUAUAUGACAUGAACUAAUGCCCUCUAGUGGUCAAAAUUCAUUUACAUUAGAGGCGGCCUUCAAGGUCUAAGGAAUUAGCAUAUGAGCCUACCUAGGUUUAGCUUUUAACUAAGAAUACCAAGAGAACAAAGCAAAAUUGGUGAUACAAGUACAUUGGAAAGUUGUUUAAAAUUACAUGCCCUAUUGGAAUCAUGAAAGUUUAUUUUGGACUUGACUGUCCCUUUAAUCAAACUUGGCAGUUUGCUUAAAUACAUACAUUAGCACUAAUAAUACAUAUAUUGCUUCUCUUUUAUAGUAACAUAGUAGAUGAGGUUGAAAUAAGACAGAAGUUUUAUAUUGUGACUUACCUCCUCAUCAUAUACAAAAGCAGAAUUAAAGGGUCAGGAAAAUCACAAUUUAAGCUUUCAUGGUUCAGAUAGAGCAUUCAGUUUUAAGCUAAUCUUCCAAUUUACUUCAAUUAAUAACAUGAUGCUAAACUUGACAUGUUUUAAAAUCAGGUUCAGAAGCUAAGCGAUAUUUUAGAGAGCUUUUAAUUGAUAAUUUUCUAAUAAAGAUGCACUGUAACUUAUGUUUUUAAUCUAUCUGUGACAUUCUAAUAUCGGCGCUCCGGCCACCCACUUAAAAACUCAGAUUUUUUUGUUAGCUAAUGGUUUAAACUGUUCUCCAAUCUGCACUCUUGCUACAAAAAGUGCCAUAUGGCUAGAGCACCGAUUAGAGAACAGUUCAAAUUGUUAGCUCACAAAAGAAUAUGAAUUUUGAAGUGGGUGGCUGAAUAGCAAAGUAUUAGAUUACAAAGUAAGUUACAGCGCAUCUUUAUUAGAAGUGAUCAAUUAAAGUCAAUCUAAAAUAUAGCUUAGAUUCCGGACCUGAUUUUAAAACAUGUCAAGAUUGCCAUCACUUUAAUUGUGCUUCAUAAUCUUGGUAUUCUAGGCUAAAAAACAAACCAAGACAGGCUUAGGAGCAGUAAUGCACUGCUAGAUCGCUUGUGAAUGGUGGCUGUACUUAUAUUCUUCUUGUUAUUGGCUCACCCGAUGUAUUCAGCUAGCUCCCAGUAGGUGCAUUGUUGCCCAUAGGUUUUCUCUUCAACCAAUGAUAAGAAAAAAACAAAGCAAAUUUGAUAAUAGAAUUAAAUUUGAAAGUUGCUUAAACUUCUUUGUUUCAUAUAGAAUUCAGAUAGAGUGCAAAUUUGUAAUGUCAACUUUUCUGUCCCUUUAAAGAGUUUUGGGAAACGCUUAGAUUUCUAGUCUGUCUGUUACAAGUAUAUUUGAAAUGUUUAGUUAAAUGUAGCAUUGAGGUUGUAAGUAACAGUUUAGCAGAACAUUUUGGGUAAAGUUUUAAAAAAUAUAUAUUUUUAUUAAA